UGAGCUUUCCCAGCAAUUUAUAUUGUUGCUUCUAAUUUCCAGCAUACGCGGUAAUUUCCGUUUUUAUUUAGCGAAAUAACAAAUAUCAUUGUAACCUUCGGGAAAUCAGAAAUAGGCAAAUGUAAACAAUUGGAGUUCUGAGGGAGAUGUUGUUAAUUGAGGGUUCACUUUAAAAAUACUUGCAUCAAAUUAAAAGCCAGCGGGGAGGGGGAGGUAAGGAGUAGCAGAUGCCGCACGUGUGAAGCGAACAGAAUUGUGCUUUGGAGUGAAUAUACUCAAUGGGAGGUGCUGGAAAUCUGAAAUUUAAAAACAAAUUACAAUAAAUACGAAAUGCUGCGGGUGGUGGAUGUCGCGGGGGUGAGGAAACCUCGGCGGUAGGUUUUGGGAGCAUCCAAGGAAACUGAGAGCGAGAGAAACAAAUCAAGUCAAUGUUUAGCGUCAUCCAGAGGUGCCUCCCUCUUGCGGCCCUUGGGUCCCUGCUCCUGUGUCUCCGGGGGAACCGAGAAAGCGGUUGCACCGCCGGGUUGCGCACGCGCAGCGCCUUGCUCCGUUCCCCCCUCCCCCGGCGGCAGCACGAGAAUGAAGAUCAAGCGGCAGAAAACCGCCAAGAAACUCCUGUCGUUUUACCGGCACAACUACGGCUUCCGCGAGCCUUUCCAGAUCCUCCUGGACGGGACGUUCUGUCAGGCGGCUCUAAAAAACAAGAUCCAGAUCAAGGAGCAGGCGCCCAAGUAUCUGAUGGGGGAGGUGCAGCUCUGCACCACCAGCUGCAUCCUGAAGGAGCUGCAGUCCCUGGGGAAGGAACUGUACGGGGCCAAACUGAUUGCCCAACGAUUCCAGGUGAGACGUUGCCCCCACGUGAAGAGUGCGGUGAGUGCCUCUGCCUGCCUCCUGUCCAUGGUCGGACAUGGUAAUCUUCAUCACUACUUCGUAGCCACGCAGGAUCAAGAGCUAACCAUGAAAAUUAAGAAGUUGUCAGGAGUCCCUCUGAUGUACAUUAUACAGAAUACUAUGGUCCUAGAGAAACCUUCUCUCAAAUCAAUUGCACAAUUACGUUCUUUGCACGAUGAUCAACUUGUCCCCGUACAUCAGCAACAAACUAUAAAGCAUUUGAAAGAAGAGCAUGGCCUUGUGAAGGAAUCUGAACCCAGGCAUAAAAAACGCAAAAGAAAAGGGGGACUUAAUCCUCUUAGUUGUUUGAAAAAGAAAGUCAAACUAGCACCACCACAACCAAAUAAAGAAAAAAAACGAAGAUCAAGAAAGAAAAGGAGAAGAGAUGCAUCGUGCGUCAAAGCCGAAGCUACUGUGUAAAGGUGUAAAGAGUCAGUAAGAACAUGGACCAAAGUGCAAAGCUAUUUUUCACAGAACACUUAGUACACUUGACUGGAUACAACCUAAUUGUUACAAAAUUUACUUAAAAUAAUCUGGAAGAUGUUUUUCAGAAAAAGUUAUUAUUUGUUUGAAUAUUCAUGAUUUCAUAAUUAUAUAAAAUAUUUUGUUCCUGAA